GGCUGGGCUGGCCUUGUAGGUCAUGAACAGACUGCUGGUUUUAUUCUGAAUACCGUGGCCCAGAAGCUAUAGGCUUAGGAGCUGGUAACCUCACUUGAUGUGUGUGUCUAAGAACCAGAGUUCUGGGUCGCACUAGGAUGAGGGUAAUAGCAAGGAGGGCCAUCAGGUGUUAUUUUUAUUAAUUUUUAUUAUUUGUGUAUAUGUGCCUUGAUGAGUAUAUGGACAUAUAUGUGUGCAGUGACCAUGGAGGUUCUUUCUUUUUUGGUUUAUUUUUUGAGAUAGGGUCUCACUGAAUAGCCUAGCUGUCCUGGAAUUCACUAUGUAGACCAGGGCAGCCUUAAACUCCUAGUGACCCACCUGCCUUUGCUUCCCAAGUCCAGGGGUUGAAGGUACCUGGCUGUAUUUUCUUUUGAGAUGGGAUCUCAACCCUGGCUGGCCUGGAUCUGACAUAUAGACAAGACUAGUCUUGAACUUGCAUGGGAUCUUCCUGCCCCUACCCUCUACGUGUUAGGAUGACUCACCGUGGGUGGCUACUCUAGAACCUUUAUCGUUUAAGAGCCUGUUCUGUGCACAGUUGUUAACAAAAUGCCAUCCCUGGGUAUUAUUUGUCUGGUUAAGUUUUGCUCUGUAACUGUAACUCAGUUCUGUGUUCCGUAUGCUUCUGUCAGUGACGCUGAGAGAUUCUGAGUACUUCAGGAACUGCAGAAGGACCUAUGGAUCAUGGCGGGAAGGGUGAAGUGGGUCACUGACAUUGAGAAGUCGGUGCUGAUCAACAACUUUGAGAAGAGAGGGUGGAUCCAAGUGACAGAGAACGAAGAUUGGAAUUUCUACUGGAUGAGCGUGCAAACCAUUCGCAAUGUGUUCAGCGUGGAAGCUGGGUACCGGCUCUCAGAUGACCAGAUCGUCAACCACUUCCCCAACCACUAUGAACUAACCCGCAAGGACCUGAUGGUGAAGAAUAUUAAGAGAUACAGGAAGGAACUGGAGAAGGAAGGAAGUCCUCUGGCAGAAAAAGAUGAGAAUGGAAAAUAUCUCUAUCUGGACUUUGUCCCGGUCACCUACAUGCUCCCUGCUGACUACAACCUGUUUGUGGAGGAGUUCCGGAAGAGCCCAUCCAGCACCUGGAUCAUGAAGCCUUGCGGCAAAGCCCAGGGGAAGGGCAUCUUCCUUAUCAACAAGCUCUCACAGAUCAAAAAGUGGUCCCGGGACAGCAAGACGUCCUCGUUUGUGUCUCAGUCCACAAAAGAAGCUUACGUGAUCUCCCUCUAUAUCAAUAAUCCAUUACUCAUCGGCGGGAGGAAGUUUGACCUGCGGCUGUACGUCCUGGUAUCCACAUACCGCCCGCUGCGCUGCUACAUGUACAAGCUUGGCUUCUGCCGUUUCUGCACGGUGAAGUACACCCCGAGCACUAGCGAGCUGGACAACAUGUUCGUCCACCUUACCAAUGUAGCCAUCCAGAAGCACGGGGAGGACUACAACCAUAUCCACGGGGGCAAGUGGACUGUCAACAACCUGCGACUCUAUCUGGAGAGCACCCGAGGCAGAGAGGUGACCAGCAAACUGUUUGACGAAAUCCACUGGAUCAUCGUGCAGUCUCUCAAGGCUGUGGCGCCAGUGAUGAACAAUGACAAACACUGCUUUGAAUGCUACGGUUACGACAUCAUCAUCGACGACAAGCUGAAGCCCUGGCUGAUCGAGGUUAACGCAUCCCCGUCUCUUACCUCCAGCACCGCCAAUGAUAGAAUCCUUAAGUACAACCUGAUUAACGACACCCUCAACAUUGCGGUCCCCAACGGCGAGAUUCCCGACUGCAAAUGGAACAAGUCUCCUCCCAAGGAAGUUCUUGGCAACUAUGAAAUCCUGUACGAUGAGGAGCUGGCCCAGGGUGACGGGGCUGACAGAGAGCUCAGAAGCCGCCCCGGCCAGCCAGUGGGGCCCAGAGCAGGCCGCUCGAGAGAGUCGGGGAGAAAUGUCCUCACGACUUGGAAGUGACCAGCAGUGGGAAGAAAGACCCCCAGCCUUCCUCCAACCGCUCCACCAGACGCUGCUCAACACGUAUUUUGGAAUUUCCUUUUUCUAGAGUGCUUUCCUGAGCCCUUGUAAAUAAAGACACUCUGCAAGGUGGA